AUGCAAAGUGAAGCUAGAGCGGAAGGAAACAAACUGUUUGGAGAUGGUCGUUACGAAGACGCAUUGUCAAAGUAUGAGCUUUACAGUUUUCUCAUGAAUCUUCAGAGCUUAGGUCGACCUGCCAUUCAAACAGAGCUAAUAUGUUAUCUCAAGUUGGGUAAACAUGCAGAAACAGUAAAGGAAUGCACGAAAGCGAUUGAGCUGAAUCCAAACUAUACGAAAGCUUUAGUUCGUCGGGCAGAAGCUCAUGAGAAGCUUCAACACUUUGAAGAAGCUCUCACGGUUAAUCUUAACGCUAACAGAUUGUUUGUCGGUACUCUUCGUGGGUUCGACCAAUUCAUGAAUCUUGUUGUGGAUAACACCGUGGAGGUGAACGGUGAUGACAAAAGAGACACUGGAAUGGUGGUGAUAAGAGGAAACAACAUUUGUCACCGUUGAAGCUUUUGAACCAGUGGGAAGAUCAUCUUAGCCGCAUCAUCUCUCUUUUUUACUAAGCAAACAAGUUUUAUAUAUCCUCUGUUUGAGAAAACUCUUGCUUGUAGUAAGACAUUGUUAUGAAGCCCAAGAGUGUGAUGGAUAAGCGAAUUACUUGAUUGUUCUUGUGCUUUUAUCCUAAUUCACAAGGGAUUUGGUGAAACGUUUUAAAAAAUAUUUGAUGCUUUGGAGAUGGACGCGG